AUGCAGCAACCUUCCCUCCAAAAUGUCCGCAUACGCUCGACAAGGGAUGCGCUUCACAUCUUUCAUGCUGUUGCGAGGAAUGCGCUCCCACUUACAACACGGCGAUUGGACGCUGAGGAACGAAGGGCUAUCGCCCCCGGAAAUGUAUAUGUUUGGGAGGAACGCAGUGCAAAUUCUGAGGCCACAGGCCUCGGCAUGGAACGAUGGACGGAUGGCAUGGGCUGGGGACCAAGUAGAGUCCGCGAUGAAUUUCUGUUCUAUCAGCAGAAAGAAUGUGAUGUGAAUGAUGAUCCAGGUAGCUCCGGCACUCCAUGGGCCCAGAUGAUUAGCAUGUACCCUUCUUCGCGAGCACGUGCUACGGGGGACUCUGAGCGCUUGAUCAAGCAAACUUAUAGCGUGCGUGUCUCAUUACCUGAUGAUCGCACGCGAGGUAUCACUAGGAAGUGGCACUUAACUGCCUACUUCAGUCAACAGAAGCUUGAUCGGCUCAACACUAUCGAUAAUAUACCAGGGGUCGGUGAUGUCCCGGUUCCAGACGGGUGGUUCCGAAGUGCUCGU